CUGCUGCCCUUCUGCCUUAUACCUCUAUCUAGUUGGCUCUUCCUUGCCACCACUACUCGUGGCCUGUCGUUCCUGCCCCAUCUUGAUUCCUAUUUCCUUUCUGGUCAUUCUUUCCAUCUCCUUACACCCCUCUCCCCCUCCCCUGUCUAGCUUGGUAGCCGGGGUCCAACCGCGGAGGUGGUAUCUUAUCAACUAUUUUCCCCUCUCUCACAACGCGCCUUUCCGAGGCUGUGUACCCUUCUGGGCUGGAUAGACGAAUCAUCUAUCAACCUAAGUGGAUCACUGCGUGAAUGUCUCACGGCCUCAACAGAAUGGCUGCUCCAUUAGCCAUGCACCACGAUGCCGCGACCGACGCCGGUCCGAAACUCGUCAACCGACUGCACGAAAGCCGAUCGCCUUAUGUUAGGGCGCAUAUGAACAACCCGGUGGGUUGGCAGCUAUGGGAUGCCGAAGCGAUCGAUUUGGCCAAACGCCAUAACCGGCUGAUCUUCCUCAGUAUCGGUUAUUCGGCUUGUCACUGGUGUCACGUAAUGGAGAAGGAAUCAUUCAUGUCGCAGGAGGUAGCUUCCAUUCUUAAUCAGUCUUUCAUUCCAAUCAAAGUCGAUCGCGAAGAGAGACCCGACAUCGACGAUGUUUAUAUGAACUACGUGCAGGCGACCACUGGUUCUGGAGGCUGGCCUCUGAACGUUUUCUUGACUCCUGAUCUGGAGCCGGUCUUCGGUGGUACCUAUUGGCCGGGCCCCAACUCCUCCACAUUGACAGGAAAUGAGACGAUUGGCUUCGUCGAGAUCCUCGAGAAACUAAGCGAUGUAUGGCAAACACAACAACUGCGAUGCCGUGAGAGUGCGAAGGAAAUUACGAAACAACUUCGCGAGUUUGCUGAAGAAGGGACACAUUCCUACCAAGGUGACCGGCAAGCCGACGAGGACUUGGACCUCGAGCUUCUGGAGGAAGCCUACCAGCACUUCGUUUCUCGAUACGACCCUCUCCACGGUGGCUUUUCCACUGCGCCGAAAUUUCCCACUCCAUCUAACCUGAGUUUCCUAUUACGUUUGGGUAUUUAUCCGACUGCGGUUGCGGACAUUGUUGGACGUGAUGAGUGUGCCAAAGCAACUGCCAUGGCUGUUGACACACUUAUCAGUAUGGCGCGCGGGGGUAUCCGGGAUCAUAUCGGCCACGGUUUCGCACGAUACAGUGUCACUGGCGACUGGGGCCUGCCACAUUUUGAAAAGAUGCUGUACGAUCAAGCACAGCUCUUGGAUGUCUAUGUGGAUGCAUUCAAGAUUACCCACAACCCCGAGCUGCUGGGUGCGGUUUACGACUUGGCUACCUACUUGACUACUGCACCCAUCCAGUCGCCAACGGGCGCGUUCCACUCGUCCGAGGACGCAGAUAGUCUGCCCACGCCCAAUGAUACCGAGAAGCGAGAAGGUGCGUUCUAUGUCUGGACGCUGAAGGAGCUGACGCAGGUGCUGGGUCAACGAGAUGCGGGAGUCUGCGCCCGUCAUUGGGGUGUCCUGCCUGACGGGAACAUUGCGCCUGAGAACGACCCACAUGAUGAAUUCAUGAACCAGAAUGUCCUAUCGGUCAAGGUAACUCCAAGCAGGCUUGCAAAGGACUUUGGAUUAGGGGAAGAGGAGGUGGUGAGGAUCAUUAGAACAGCGAAGCAGAAACUCCGGGAUUACCGCGAAAGGACGCGCGUGCGCCCCGAUUUGGAUGAUAAGAUCAUCGUUGCCUGGAAUGGACUGGCCAUUGGUGCUCUGGCUAAGUGCAGUGCGCUGUUCGAGGAGAUUGAGAGCUCAAAAGCAGUACAAUGCCGCGAGGCAGCGGCGAAGGCGAUCGGCUUCAUCAAGGAGAAUCUAUUCGAGAAGUCUACUGGACAGCUCUGGCGCAUUUAUCGGGAUGGCGGCAGAGGCAAUACCCCAGGUUUUGCUGAUGACUACGCAUACUUGAUCGGCGGGCUGCUGGACAUGUACGAGGCUACAUUUGAUGACAGCUACCUGCAAUUCGCCGAGCAACUGCAGAAAUAUUUGAACGAUAACUUCCUUGCCUAUGUGGGGACCACACCAGCAGGAUAUUAUAGCACACCUUCCACCAUGACAUCAGGGGCUCCGGGUCCGCUCCUUCGCCUGAAGACUGGCACGGAGUCGGCCACGCCAGCUGUCAAUGGGGUUAUUGCCCGCAAUCUGUUGCGCCUCGGAAGCCUGUUGGAAGACGAGGAAUACAAGACGCUUUCCCGGCAAACAUGCCGCUCAUUUUCCGUGGAGAUACUUCAACACCCCUUCCUCUUUGUUGGGCUUUUGGACGCUAUUGUUGGAUUGGAAACGGGGACACGGAAUGUCACGGGUGUCUUCGCUACCGCCGUGACCGAGGGCAGUGUCCAAGCUUCUGAGGGCGUGAUCAGAAAGACAGAUGAGCCAGUCUGUGUGCGGGACAUGAUUGUACAGAAGAUUCGGGCGGAAGCCGGGUUGGCGAUAUCGACGGCGACCACGACCGCAUCUCUUGUGGAUAUCCGAGCGUCUCAUGUGGGAGACUUUGUAGGGAAUCAAUCUUUCUGGUUACGGACGCGAAAUCCGUUGUAUAGGGAACUGAAAGCGUCUGAGACGGCGAAGAAUCAUCUCAUGGUUUGUGAAAGUGGGCGAUGCCGGGUUGUGAAUAUAGUAUGAACUGUACAAUGAAUGGAAAUAUUUUUAGUGUAUUUUCAGGCCUUGCAGGAUGUUUCAG